AUGCAAAUUGAAGCCUUUAAAGAUCAAAGACAUAGUGUGGCAUCUAUGUUUAGAUCACAAGCUCGUGAGUUGGAUGUUGCUUACCGCGCUCGUUUGACGGCUUCAUUGGAUUCAAAUGACUUCUCCACAAAUUCAAAAAGAUUUAGCACGGAAUAUGAAUUGAGUGAGAAGCUUCAUAAAACUUUGUUUGGUAGGAAAUAUUUGGUUGUGCUGGAUGAUAUAUGGAGCAUUGAUGCUUGGAAGAGGGUUCAAUUUUUCCUUCCUGAUAAUUACAAUAAGAGUAGGAUGAUUGUGACUACCAGGCAAUCGGAUGUGGCUAAAGAGUUUAGCGACUCUGCACUUGCGCUGCAGUUGCUAGGUGAGGAUAAAAGUUGGGAGUUGUUUUGUCACAAAGCAUUCGAGCAACGAGAUUGCCCUUCUGAAUUGGAGGGAGUUGGAAGGGAGAUUGUUCGGAGGUGCAAGGGGCUCCCUCUUUCAGUUGCUGUGAUUGGGGGGCUUCUUGGGAGAUCUUCCAUGACAAGAAGAUAUUGGGGGAUCGUGGCAGAAGAUAUUAGCUCGGCUCUUGAUUCUGCUGGGGAUAGUCAAUACCAGAACUUAUUGUCUUUGAGUUAUACUAGUUACUUGCCCGCUUGUCUAAAGCCAUGUUUUCUUUACUUGGGAAUAUAUCCAGAAGAUCACGAGUUUCGUGUUUCCCGACUCAUUAAACUUUGGAUUGCUGAAGGACUUCUGAAGCCGAACAAAGAGCAGAACUUGGAAGAGAUUGCUAGAGGUUUCAUAAAGGAUCUUGUUGAUAGGAACCUCAUUUUGGUUUGUAGUUUAGGGUCUAAUGGGAAGCUCAAAACUUGUAGAAUUCAUGAUCUCCUGAGAGAUAUCUGCAUAAGGGUUGUUGAGAAGGAGAAGUUCCUCAGCAUCAUCACCACGAGGGUGCACGACGCUCCACGAGACAUGAACAUGGAGCGUCGCAUUGUGAAUCACGGGAGGUAUUCUCCCGGUGGAGUUCUUGACACUCUGGAAUCCACAUCACUCGCCCGGUCUCUGAUCUGUCAGAGCCCGGCUCUGCUUCCAUUCAAAUCUCGAAUGCUGAGAGUGUUGGUCGAGGCCUACGGUGACUCUCUAGCUCCCACUUUCCAGCAAGUCAAUUUGAGGUUACUCGCCUAUGAAUCUGUCCGCGCACCAUUUGGUUGGAUCCGAACCUACGAGCUCCCCCCCUCUGUUUCCCUCUUGUGGAAUGUGCAGACGCUGAUAGUUGACAGAAGCAUUGACAAAGUUGUCGCGCCAUCUGAGAUUUGGGAGAUGCAGCAGCUCAGGCAUCUCGAGUUCUACAGAAUCUGGCUUCCUGAUCCUCCUCCCAGUGAAGGCUGCAAAACCUACGGACAGUUAAGACCGCGUUGGACUUCAAAUGCAGCGAGGAGCUUCAACAGACUUGAGUCGCUGUCGUGCUGCUUCCACACAGUGCCCAACCAUGAUGUUUUGCUGCAAAGCUUGAACUUCCCGAGCUCACUCAAGAAGCUGAGCCUCCAUGUUUUGGCUAACAGUGAGCUUCACUGGGACGACUUGACAAUCAUUGGUGCAUUGCCCCAUCUUGAGGUUCUCAAACUGAAGUACCAAGCAGUCAGGGGGCACGAGUGGUGCCCCGUGGAGGAGGGAUUCGCCCGUCUCAAGUUUCUCGAGGUUGAUUCGUGUUACUUGAUUAAAUGGGAUGCGGAUGACUCGUGUUUCCCGGUUCUGGAGACGCUUGUUCUUGGCGGGUUGUACAAACUGGAUGAGAUCCCUGCUGAUAUGGCAGACAUAGCAACGCUGCAAAGUGUUUGUGUGGUCGAAUGCAGCGUUUCUGCGGCCAUCUCGGCGCUCAGGAUACUGGAACAGAAGUUGGAUAACAGUGACAACGACCUUAGAGUUCGGAUUGGGUUUAGGGAGAAGGCGGAGCUUGAGGAGUUCAAGGAGAAGAUGAAAUUUUAUGACCUUUCAGACCUUAGUUUUCAAGUUGAUCGUCUGUAA